UUAAUUAAAAACAAUGAGAGAGGAGCGUUAGAGGGAGAGAACAGUGAAAAAUAAAUUAGAGGAACCCUCGAUUUGUGCUACUGCUGCGUCCGCUCUAUCUUUUACAAUUUUCUUUCCUUCUUCUGCUUUCCGUUGAUUCCAGUUUCACAACCUUCAAGCUUCAACUAAGCACUUUUAAUUUUGCAAUCUGGAGCCAUGAGUUCGUCUUCAGUAGAUGCUUUUCCAGCAGUUCAGGAAGUUAUGCUGGAGUUUCGUGCUGGUAAAAUGCUUCUCGAGGGAAAAAGGGUUGUUCCUGAUACAAGGAAAGGUCUUGUUCGAAUUGCUAGGGGGGAGGAGGGAUUAGUCCAUUUUCAGUGGCUUGAUCGCACUCAAAAUGUUGUUGAAGAUGAUCAAAUAAUAUUUCCCAAUGAGGCUAUUUUUGAGAAGGUUAAUCAAACAUCUGGAAGGGUUUAUAUAUUGAAGUUUAAUAGUGACGACAGGAAGUUCUUCUUCUGGAUGCAGGAAUCAAAUGCUGAUGGUGACUCACAACUGUGUAGCUCAGUGAAUGAUUACAUUAAUAGACCAUUAGAGUUAAUUGGCGAAGAGGAGCCUGAUGGAUCCCUUCCACUUCAAGUUUCUGAAGAUAUGGCUGAGGAUGACAUCUCAUCUAGAGCUGCAAACUUAGGUGUCCCAAACUUGGGUGUGGAAGCAACUAGUGAUGUAACGUCUUCUGGUCCGGUUAAAUUGGCAGAUCUCCAAAGAAUACUGAGCAACAUUGGGCCUGCAGAUAAUAUUGUGGAUCCUGAUGGAGGCUUGGGACUUGGGGAUAUAUUCAAGCCUGAUCUAAUAAUGCCAUUGAUGGAGACAUUACCUUUGGAGCAGCGUUUAGCUCCCUACUUACCCGAGGGUAAGUGGACUCCAGAAGAAAUAUUGGAGUUGUUGCAGAGCCCACCUUUCCGUCAGCAAGUAGAUUCAUUUACUUAUGUACUUCGAACGGGACAGAUUGACUUGUCUCAGUUUGGAAUUGAUCCAAGUAAAUACAAGUUCACAGUUUUGUCUUUUCUUGAGGCUCUUGAGGAUUCUGUUUCCAAGACGGUAGAUUCUGAAGAGGCCAGGCAAGAUGAUCAGGAUGUAAGAUCUCAAUCUUGUAACCAUCAGGACCCAAUGGAUGAAUCACAGUAGCGUGGCUCUUUUAGCAUCGUUCUUUUUCUAUAGAUACAAGAAACAUCAUGUUUUUUUCUUUCCCUGACAUUUUCUGCUCGAAAAAAGAAAUUUAAAAAUACAGUGAGAAAAAGGUACAAAAUUCAUUUGAGAUCUUUUAAUUAAUAUGCACCAUCAAGCUAUAUAGUGAUUUAUUGACCAAUGAAGUCCAAGCCAUCCGUAUCCGUUUCUUCAAUUUUCUUGUUUGUAAAUGGAAAAUGUUUUUUUUAAUAAUUUAUAACUUGUAUAAUGACCAAUGCUUCUCACAAGGUUA